AUGGCCAGAAUACUUGCUCUCCCUAUUGAGUUGCGCAUUUUCAUUUUGCAAGAAUUAUCUGAUAUCGAGGACAUUUUCGCGGCAGUGUCUAGUCACCGUCUGCUAGCCGAGGCACUGCGUGAAUCCCCUAGCAUUGUUGGCCAUGUCCUGGGAAAUGAGAUUGAUCCUCGACUUUGGCCGGUCGCAGUGACUAUAUGGAAAAUGCGGACCCUCAGAAAAGAUAGUAAGGUUUAUGACGAAGACGACUCGUGGUCAGUCCUUGAUGAAUGUCAAAGAACCGCUCCCAAACAGGCAUGGGAAUUUCUGAUCACUGUUGAUCGUGAAUACUUCCACCAGCUACAUCGCGCUAUUGACAAGUUUACAACCAAUUUCAUAUCUACAGCCCUUGAAUUCCUGACUGUGAGAGGAGUGCUAGAUCACUCUCCACCCGCACCGUCACCUACUGAGGUAUACCGUGUGCAACGUGCAUUCUAUUUCUUCGAAUUUUUCUGUUGCCUCUGGACGACGGUUCGUAUAAUGUGA